AUACGGAGGAUUUGCUAUUUAAGCUUCUGCCCAGCUCCCAUCGUCAAUCGCCAUUCGCUGCUAAAAGGUAGAUUCCUCAUCAAGAAAAAAGACAUGGAAUUUUCUCUAGAUGUUGCUUUGCUUGAGUUGCAAAAGUCCUGCAAAACCAAAUCUCCGGCGAAUCUGAUGAUAUCACCGUUCGGUAUCUCAGUAAUACUCCACAUGAUUGCCAACGGCGCAGCAGGGCCUACCUUGGAUGAACUGCUUCACUUUCUCCAGGUAGAAAAGAUGGAGGAUCUGGCCUUAGAGGCCCCAAAGCUAAUGGAGAUCGCCAAAUCUUCCAGCAAUCUCGAAACGGAUGAUGGUCCGGUAAUCUGCAAUUUCAAUGCUGUUCUUGUGAGUCACAAACGCACUCUCAAGGAAAGUCACCGAGAAUUUCUGGAAAAUAUGUUUCAUGCCAAAGUGAAGUAUGUUGAUUUUUCUGGCAAGGCUGCAAGUGUAGAUAAGGUGAAUGAAUGGGUUAAUGAUGAGACAAAAGGGUUGAUAAAACCGCUUCUUCUUAGGAGUGCCUUUAGCAAUAAAUAUUUAACCCUUAUCCAUGCGAAUGGGCUUUAUUUCAAAGCAAGCUGGGAAAACGAAUUUCGGCCAUCAGAUACACGAACUGAGAAAUUCCACCUUCUUGGGGAAAACGUGGACGACUCACCUGUCGUCGAAGUACCAUUCAUGAUGAAAUAUGAAAGCACUUACGCGCACGCCUCCUUUGACGACUACAGUGUUCUUAAGAUGCCCUAUAAAUCAGCGCAUGGAGAUUGCAAAUCGGGAAGGCGUUUCUCCAUGGCCAUUAUCCUCCCAAAGGAAAAAAGUGGGUUGCCAAAACUAGCUGACAAGAUAAGAGAAAACCCUCAUCUCUUGUCUCGCAAGCAUAUGCCGAAUAUGGAGUAUCAGAUGAUUUCCAUCUUACAGGUUCCAAAGUUUACGCUCUCUUAUUGUUUCCAACCAUCAGACAUAAUGAAAGAGUUAGGGCUAACGUUGCCUUUCAUGGAUUUUGAGGAUAACCUUACUAGUUUGGUGGAGGAAAUGCCACUGUUUGUCUCAAGAAUCACACAGCGUAGCCGGGUGGAAUGCGAUGAGGCAGGUACAAAAGUGUUGAGUAUUACUGAUGAUUCAGAUGAUGAUUGCGGCUUUUGCUUGGAUGAUUCACCACCGCCACCGCCAAUCAACUUUAUAGUGGACCAUCCGUUCAUGUUUGUCAUUCAAGAAGAUGUGUCUGACACCAUAAUAUUUCUUGGUGGAAUAUAUAAUCCUCAACUGGUGUGAUGAAGUUAUUCUUAUUUGGGAGUACUUUUUUUUUACUAAAUCGAUAACAAUAAUUUUAGGAGUUUGUAGCAUUAGCAUCGAACUAGACUAUUUGAAUCUGAAUUUAUAAUAGGAGUAUAAUGUUAGUCCAA